AGACCCGAUGACGUCAGCCACCGCAAUCGGAAAACGCCGUAUAGACUGUGACGUCGUUAAGCUAAUUUCCCACAACCAUGAAGUUCAGAUUGUGAAUGGGUGCAGCGAGUUUAUUGUCAGAUUUCAUGGGCCAAAAGAUACUGCCUACGAGAAUGGUGUGUGGAGAAUUCGUGUCGAUAUGCCGGACAAAUACCCGUUCAAAUCGCCGUCCAUCGGGUUUUUGAACAAGAUUUUCCACCCGAAUAUCGAUGAAGCUUCGGGCACCGUAUGCCUUGAUGUCAUAAAUCAGGCCUGGACAGCCCUCUACGAUCUCACAAACAUUUUCGAUACCUUCCUGCCUCAACUUCUCACCUACCCGAAUGCAGCAGACCCCUUGAACGGAGAAGCCGCCCGGUUAUACAUUCACAAGCCAGAGGAAUACAGAAGAACGUGUAGAGAAUACGUAAUGCGAUUUGCAAGUGAACACCGUGCCAUAGAAGGAUGCUCCCCGGGAAACGCCUAUUCCAUAUCCUCAACACCCUCGGAGCACUACGAUGGUCACCCGCAGGACGAUGACGACGAAAGUUGUAGUUCAAUGUCGGAAUUUGAUGAAAGUGAAGUGAACUUUGAUGAUUUUGAUGCUGACGACACAAUGACUGUAGAUCAAAUGGAAUUUUAAUGGGGGAAAUAUUCGGAAAACUUUUAUUUUCCGCUUAAAAUUCUUUUUUUUUUGUUCAAUUUGUCCGAUAUUUCCCGUGAAAAUUAAGUCAAAACUAGUUAUAAAUUGAGAUUUUUGAGCAAAACUCACACUAGAAUGAUGCAAAAAUUGAUGAUGGCCGAACUUUUCUGAAAUU